ACACCUACGACAACGAGUUUCGAGGGUUUUUGUUUUAUCUCGAAACUUCGGCUUGGGUUCGUGAUUGGGAACUCAGAAUCUGGUCCUUAAUUUGGCGUUUUGUUCGUUUCGAGGACAGAUUCAGUUUAAUUUUCUCUCAGAAUUUCAUUUCUUAAGUAAUUUCCAAUUUUGUUGAUUACGAGCUCUGGCGUUUUCUUGCAGUGGGGCGGUUUAAGGAGACCGCCGUGUAUUGAUAUUUUCGCUUCUAAGUUGGCAGAUGACGCACUAUUUAUAGGAAAUGAAAGGUGGACUUGUGAAAAAUGGUGAGGGUAUUGGUAUGGACGUGCGGAGAGAGAAGAGAGAUAGAGGAUUCGUUUUGAACGUCCGUCCAAUUUGGCAACUCUAGCGGAGCGACAAUCCUAUCCGAUAUCGGAUUUUUACCCUGAAAAUGGAACACCCCUUUUCAUCGAAAGAGAAGGAGAAGGAGAGUGAGUAUUGGCCACUUUCAAGAGCUCAGGUGGAGAAUUUCCCGUCGUUUGAUGGUGGCGCGAGGAGUGUGGUACAGGAGGAUGUGUUCACUAACUUCUCCGACCUCCUGAAUUUUGAUUCUUAUGCUGGGUGGUGCAACAGUCCUGCAGUAACGGAUCAGGCGUCGGCCACUUACGGGUUGUCUUCGCUUCCAUCAGUGGCGUAUGCGGCGUUGGAUGCCCCAAACUUUAUUGAGCAGAGUGUUGGGGCACUUCCUGGGACUGAAGUUGGUGGGAACUUAGGGAGGAGUUCCUUCAAUUUUGGUGACAAGAUUGUGUUUCAGCCUGCAGAUACUCAGUUCGAGGUGUCAGCGCAUUCUAAUGCUGCUAACGACUCGGUUGCUAAACAAACUAAUGCUUCCGUUCAAGGAAACAGUCAGAUUGACGCAGUGAAUACCUAUAGACCAACGAGAUGCUCGCUUGAUGAGAAGAUGCUGAGAGCGCUAUCAGUUGUCAAAGAGUCUUCUGGCGGAGGCAUUUUGGCGCAAGUUUGGGUUCCCGUGAAGCGUGGUGACCAGUUGUUCUUAAGCACUUCUGAGCAGCCUUAUUUACUUGAUCAUAUGCUUGCAGGCUACCGUGAAGUGUCGAGGAUGUAUACAUUCGGUGCAGAAGGGAAUUCAGGACGUGUUCUUGGGCUUCCUGGACGUGUUUUUGUCUCCAAAGUUCCAGAGUGGACUUCAAAUGUUUGUUAUUAUCAGAAAAAUGAGUAUUUACGGUCGGAGCAUGCAUUUAGUCAUCAGGUCCGUGGUUCUAUGGCCCUACCAGUGUUUGAACCAGAUCCUACAAUGCCAUGCUGUGCUGUGUUGGAACUCGUCACUACAAAAGAGAAGUCCAAUUUUGAUAAGGAGAUGGAAAUUGUUUGUAAUGCACUCCAGGCUGUGAAUCUAAGGACAAAUGCACAUCCACGCCUUGUUCCCCAGUGCCUCUCAAAUGACCAAAAAGAUGCAUUAGCUGAGAUAAUUGAUGUCUUGCGAGCUGUGUGUCAUGCACAUAGAUUGCCACUGGCUCUGACAUGGAUUCCUUGUUGUUACACUGAAGGAGCUGAUGGUGAAUAUGUAAGGGUACGUGUCAGAGAGGGUAAAUUGAGUGCAAAUGAGAAAUGCAUACUAUGCAUUGAGGAAACAGCUUGUUAUGUUAAUGACAGAGUGAUGCAAGGUUUUGCACAUUCUUGUAUGGAACAUCAUCUUGAGGAGGGACAAGGUUUAGCUGGAAAAGCACUUCAAUCAAAUCUUCCCUUUUUCCUUCCUGAUGUUAAAACGUAUGACAUAAAUGAGUUUCCACUUGUUCAUCAUGCACGGAAAUUUGGUUUAAAUGCUGCUGUUGCGAUCAGGCUAAGGAGCACCUACACAGGAGAUUGUGACUACAUACUGGAAUUCUUCCUCCCUGUCAAUAUGAAGGGGGCUUCAGAACAGCAACUUUUGUUGAACAACCUUUCAGGUACAAUGCAAAGAAUCUGUAAAAAUUUGAGGACAGUUUCAGAUACGGAAAUAGUUGGGGCUGGUUCUAAUGAUGCAUUUCAGAAGGAUGUAGUCUCAAACCUCCCUUCCCUGUCCAGGGAAAGUUCCCAAAUGGUGCUAUCAGAUAGUGACUUGAAUUCAGUUGAUGAGCUGCCCUCGAAGGUAUCUAAACGGAGAAACAAGGGAUUUGAAGGAGAUGGUGUUCGGGAACAGGGUAUGAGCGGAUCUAGAAGGCAGACAGAGAAAAAGCGAAGUACAUCAGAGAAAAAUGUGAGCUUGAGCGUUCUUCAGCAAUAUUUUUCUGGCAGUCUUAAGGAUGCUGCAAAAAGCAUUGGAGUUUGCCCCACUACGCUAAAAAGAAUCUGCAGACAACAUGGGAUCUCAAGAUGGCCAUCUCGUAAGAUAAAUAAGGUAAACCGUUCGCUAAAAAAAAUACAAACCGUACUCGAUUCUGUUCAGGGGGUUGAGGGAGGUUUGAAGUUUGAUCCCACUACUGGGGGGCUUGUGGCAGCAGGCUCCAUAGCCCAAGAAUUUGAUACGCGGAAGGGUCUUUUCUUCACAGAGAAGACACAAUCUCUGCAGAGCUCAGAUCCAAUUUCAGCAAUUAAGUCGGAAGAGGAUGAUUGUACAGGUGGGGCUAUGGUCAAUCCAAAUUCUGUUGAGAUCAGGAUGUCCAAUAUUGACACUCAGACUAAUUCUGCUCAAGAAUCCAAGGUGAUUGCAGUAGAUGCUGGAUCAGAACGUGCUAGCUAUGACACCAUGUCUGGACCUUUCCUGGAAAAGGCUUCCUUUGGUUUUUAUCAUGCAAAAGAAGUUAGGACAUUGAAUCAGAGGAAGAUUAAUUCAAAAUUUGAGAAUUCUGACUGCCACCACGUGUUUCGGGAUUCAGUCUGCUUGGAUGCUGGUGAUGAGAUGGAUACAGUAGGUGAUGGAGCUAACGAGCUUAUUGAACAUAACCAGCCUGCUUCUUCAAGUAUGACAGACUCGUCAAAUGGCUCUGGUUCAAUGCUCCAUGGCAGUUCUUCAAGCUCUCAAAGCUUUGAGAAUCCUAAGCAUCCAAAAGGCAAGACGAGCUGUGUUGACAGCAGUUCUAAAAUUGUGGUGAAAGCUACCUACAAAGAAGAUACUGUCCGGUUCAAAUUUGAUGCUUCUGCAGGUUGUUUACAACUCUAUGAGGAAGUUGCAAAGAGGUUCAAGUUGCAAACCGGAACGUUCCAGCUCAAGUAUUUAGACGAUGAAGAGGAAUGGGUGAUGCUAGUGAGCGACAUGGACUUGCAAGAAUGUCUUGAGAUAUUAGAUGAUGUUGGAACCAGAAGUGUGAAGUUCCAAGUUCGCGAUAUGCCGUGUGCCGUGGGCAGUUCUGGCAGUAGCAAUUGUUUCUUGGCAGGAGGCUCAUAACAGUUGGGAGGAUACUGGAUCUUCUCCUUUUUACCAUGGGACUUGUCGUGGCGCUACUUCAUCGGAGGUGAAUGCCCUGCAGAGGCAAAAAGAGGAGCAUUCAUAUCUCGCCGUCUAGAUCUUUUCCCGCGUCGUAAUUCAUAAUCAAACUGAUCAUGAAACGGCACGUCAAACUGUUCUUCGGGUCAAAUUGGAGCACAAUUACGAUUCCAGAAUAGAGCUAUGCAUGGUAUGCCCUUUGCUACACUUCUGAGUGGUUAGAAUUGUAACGAUCUAUAUGAAACUCCGUUCAUGUCGAGCAUAAAGGUCCUUGAUGCUAUAAGCAGCUAAGUUAGUAUGUAGUCAUAAUAAAAACUUGGGAAAGAAUAGGGGCAUGCUGAAAUACGCUGUCAUAGUCUAGUCUCUGUGUGUGUGUAUAUAUAUAUAUAUAUGUAUAGAAUCACUCUUAAGUCCGGCAGGGGUUUUUUUUACCAUUUCCCAUCAGGCAAUAUGUUUUGACCGUUCGAUUGGAAAGGAAGGGUUACGAUCAAUCAAUCGAACGAAGGCAUCAUAAUGUAAUUUACCUAUUAUCUUAGACGCAACAGAGCAGCAAAAUGGAAAAAAAAAAAAAAAAUGUUUGGUAUGUUUUUUGAAUGGGUAUGUAAUGUUUUUCUCCGUGUAACUUGGUUAAUAGCCAUAUGUAACAUAUAGAUAAUAUGUGUGUACUGAUAGGCCAAGACUUGAAAUGAAUUAAAAUUAAUA